UUGUUCUUUUUAAGAGAAACCAUUUUAGUCCCUGAGCGGUGACAGGACCGAGUCGGCCUGGCUUCAGUCCCGGUGGCGUCUGUGUUUUGGUUGUUUUUAACUUUCAGGGCGUGACUGCUUUAGUAUUUCUGACCGAUUGUAUCGAGACAACUUUUUUAUCGUUCCAGGUCUGAGUAAAACCAAGACACUAGAAGGACGAAGGAUGCUAGCAUUCAUGCUAAGACGAUGAAGUCACAAUUGAAGUGGGCGAGCGUGUUGAUUGCGUGCGGCGGAGGCCAGUGGAGCACUUAAAGAGGCCGUGGGCCACACAUGAAGAUGAUGUUGCCUGGCGGAGGUGCUGCUCGGCAUUAAUGGCUUCUGCAAUCCCGGAGGGCAAAGUUCCUGUCACGCUCUGGCCCGAGGAGGAGAAGGAGGAGGAGUCAUCAUCCAGCCUCGCCAUCGACACAGGACAUGUGAUGUCUACUGAAGCUGGUGCAGAUGGAGGUCUGACGGGCCAGAAUUUUACUCCACAGUCUCCACUUGGCUGCCCUCAGUCUCCUCAAGUAAAUUCAUAUUCAUAAUUCAAUUCAACCCCCCCCCCACCCCCCCAAUCUGUGUUUAAUUCUGACAGUGACGACGGAGCCGAUGGCGUGCUGGUGUCCCAUCAGAUGCGAAUCAGGCUUCAAUUUGGGCCACCGUGUUCUCCACCUCAUCUCUCGACAAGCCCCGCCCCAUCCUCAACUUCCUGUCUCCGCCUCCGCCACCCACAGAGUCACAUCAAUCCUUCACUGUCGGCCAUCUUGUCAUGGAGUCAUUGACGGGCAUCCUCCUCUCAGUCAGGACGUUGAAAGGUCCGACACCACUGCAGCACGGAGGUCACGUGUUGUUCUGGAAGCGUGUCAGGUUGUCGUGGCAACGUCCAUCAGACACUCCUCUCUCGUCCAUGUGUGCGGCAGAGAGAGAAAGUGAGGGAGGGAGGAGGAGAAGACGACAGCAUCCAUUCGGCAGCCACUCUGCAGAGGAGCACGUUGCCCGGAGAGUCGCGGGCAGCAGGAUGCGUCUUUUCCCGGCAUCGCCAUCGCCCUCAUCCUCAUCUUCCUCAUCGUCGUCAUCGUCUCCACGCACGGUCAAGUGACUCCUGCCUUUGUCUCGCCAACAAGAGGAGGGAAGAAAGGGAAUCGCGUCUGCUCGGCGCACGUCUUAUGUUCCACCGACACCAGGGAGCCCCAGCAGGACGGGCGGGAUGCAGCCGUGAGGAGGCGGAGCGGAAGGAAAGCCAAGGCCGUACCUUCGGAUCGCCGCGCCGGGUCAUGACCCAGUUGCCAUGCGCAUCGCCACGCUGACCUGCCUUCCCGGCCCUCCCCCCUUCCUCUUUCUGCUGGCCCAGCUGCUGCUGCACUUCCUGCUGCCGGGGUCCGAGCUGGUGGGCGCCGCCUCCUCCUCCUCCUCCUCCUGCCCCUCCCACUGCACCUGCUCCAACCAGGCCAGCCGCGUCAUCUGCACCAGGCAGAACCUGGACAACGUCCCCGAGAGCAUCUCCGUCAACACGCGAUACCUCAACCUGCAGGAGAACACCAUUCAGGUCAUCAAGUCCGACACCUUUAAGCACCUGAGGCACCUGGAGAUCCUCCAGCUGUCCAAGAACCAGAUCCGCCAGAUCGAAGUCGGCGCGUUCAAUGGCCUCCCCAACCUCAACACGCUGGAGCUGUUCGACAACCGCCUCACGCUGGUGCCAUCGCACGCCUUCGAGUACCUCAGCAAGCUGCGCGAGCUGUGGCUGCGCAACAACCCCAUCGAGACGCUGCCGGGCUACGCCUUCCACCGCGUGCCCUCGCUGCGGCGCCUGGACCUGGGCGAGCUCAAGAAGCUGGACUUCAUCUCGGAUGCGGCCUUCGUGGGCCUGGUCAACCUGCGCUACCUGAACCUGGGCAUGUGCGGCCUCAAGGACAUCCCCAAGCUGACGGCGCUGGUGCGGCUGGAGGAACUGGAGCUGUCGGGGAACCGCCUGGAGAUCAUCCGCCCCGGCUCCUUCCAGGGCUUGGUGUCCCUGCGGAAGCUGUGGCUCAUGCACUCUCAGGUGUCGGUCAUCGAGCGCAACGCCUUUGACGACCUGAAGAACCUGGAGGAGCUCAACCUGUCCCACAACUCGCUGCACUCGCUGCCGCACGACCUCUUCACGCCGCUGCACCAGCUGGAGCGCGUGCACCUCAACCACAACCCGUGGGUGUGCAACUGCGACGUGCUGUGGCUCAGCUGGUGGCUGAAGGAGACGGUGCCCAGCAACACCACCUGCUGCGCCCGCUGCCACGCCCCGCCCUUCCUGAAGGGCAAGUACAUCGGCGAGCUGGACCAGAGCCACUUCACCUGCUACGCGCCCGUCAUCGUGGAGCCGCCCACCGACCUCAACGUCACCGAGGGAAUGGCCGCCGAGCUCAAGUGCCGCACCAGCACCUCCACCACGUCGGUCAACUGGAUCACGCCCAACGGCACGCUGAUGACGCACGGCUCGUACCGCGUGCGCAUCUCCGUGCUGCACGACGGCACGCUCAACUUCACCAACGUCACGCUGCGCGACACGGGCCAGUACACCUGCAUGGUGACCAACGCCGCCGGCAACACCACCGCCACCGCCGUCCUCAACGUCACCGCCGCCGACGUCAGCGUCAACUACACCUACUUCACCACCGUCACCGUGGAAACCGUGGAGACCCCCGGAGAGGAGGAGUCGGCCUUGGUGGCCAUCAACGAGACCUUUAUCCGCGUCCUCCCCGGCCCCACCCCCUCGGGGCACCUUUGGCCCGACGGCGUCCCCACCACGCCCUCCUCGCUCUCGGUGGACUGGUCCUCCCUGUCCCCCCGUGCCACCCGACCGACCUUCACUGUGCCCAUCACCGAGCCGGGCUUCUCGGGCCUGGAUGACGUGAUGAAAACCACCAAGAUCAUCAUCGGCUGCUUCGUGGCCAUCACCUUCAUGGCGGCCGUCAUGCUGGUGGUCUUCUACAAGCUGAGGAAGCAGCACCAGCUGCACAAGCACCACGGCCCCGCCCGCGCCAUCGAGAUCAUCAACGUGGAGGACGAGCUGGGGGCCGGCGGCAGGGGCGGCGGCGGCGGCAUCUCGGGGGGCUCUGGCAUGACCCAGAGCGGCGGGAUCGGGGGCGGCCAGAGCCUGCGCCGACACCACUCGGACGCGGUCACCCUGCCCAGCCUGACCCGAUCCGAGCACCUCAACUACUACAAGUCCCAUCACUUCAACAACAACAUGGCGGGGCUGGGCAUGGGCGCCCCCGUGGGCCUCAACAACAACAAUAACCCCCUGCCUUGCUCCCAGAACAUGACCCUGUCCCGCUCCCAGGUCCCCAGCUCCGUCGGCACCCUGCCCACCCCGGUGCCGCUGCCCCAGCUCAGCCUGCACAGCUCCCUGAAGGGCCUGAUGGCCAAGGGGCAGAACGAGCCGCUGCUCUUCAAGAGCGGCUCCAAGGAGAACGUGCAAGAGACUCAAAUCUGAGGACACGUGGAGCAAGGGGGUCAAAGCGGGGGCGGGGAUAGGUGGGGGGGCAGAGCCAAGAGGGAGCCCGCGAGUCGCCGACGUCCUCGCGGCGACGCCGACUAGCACACGCUCUACAUCAGCGCGUCGUUCUGGCGACAACCAGCUCUCGUCUUUGCCAAAGUCCCAAACCGAGCCAAGACACCGGAAGCGUUUUUGUGUCUUUGUGGAAUAUUUCUACGGAUGACAAACGCGCCGCGUGGUUUUCACGCCGGAUUGCCGGGAUGCGUCCUACACGACUUUCACGGAAGGAAGGAAGCGUGGCGUUGUGGACGAACCAGCGCUAUAAAGUUUAAAAAAAAAAAAAAAGGGGGGGGGGACUGAAAGUACAUAUUAUAUAUAUACGGUAAAUAUAUUUUCACUGGAAAAAUAAAUUAUAAUGAAUCUUUAUGGAGCCUCUGGUGUAGAACUACAAGGGAAGAAUAUAUUUAAAGACAAAAACUGCUGUUCUUCGACCCACUUUUCAAGAUGGCCGCUCCGUGUUUGAGUAAAUUUAGUUUAGUUUUUUUUUGUAGCCGUAAAGAUUUGGCGUGGCGGUGACACCAACAGGGUCGGCGUGUUAUGUGGCGGUGACACCAACAGGGUCGGCGUGCUGCGUGGCGGUGACGCCAACGGGGUCGGCGUGCUGCGUGGCGGUGACGCCAUCGGGGUCGGCGUGCUGUGUAGCAUCAAUAACGAAAACCAGAAGAAGCAGCGGCGUCCUGCUGACCAAGCUCACGGUGUACAUAUUCCUACGAAGCUGCUCUCCAUCACCAUGUUAGCGUUAGCAUCAUGCUCGUCGUUAGCACUACUUUCCUUUUCAUUUGUACACCCACGGUUUUUUCUUUUUCUUUUUUUUUUUUUUUUUUUUUACUGCUGCGACCGCCCCGCCCCGCCCUGCCCUGCCCUUUCCCAAGAUGGCCUCCCGGGGCGGCGUGGACGCCGGGAGGCUCUGUGAGGAUUAUUCACGCGUGCGUCUCGGUGUUGUCAUGUGUGCCGAGCUAAGCGCUUUCGGAGCUGGUGGGUAUGGGGGUAUGGGGGUAUGGGGGGGGGGGGGGCGCGUACGUGGU